AUGUUGUUCCGGAGGACUAACCCAGGUCGCGACUUCAACUACACAGACGCGGAACGCACCACUGACACAGCAGACAAACCCCAACCCGAGUCAACAGACAAUGCUGCAGAAGAGAAGAAGCCAGCCGAAACCAGUGCUGACGCGGAAGCAGAUGCCUCUGCGGACAAAGCUGAUGGCGGGGAGGGUGGCGAGGCUGCUGGUACGACCGAGCAAGCUGCCGCCGAAACAGCUACGAAUGGCGCUUCAUCUGCUCCCAAGAAGGCUGCCAAUGGCAAACGCAAGUCGACGGCCGGCCCUGGCCAGAAGAAGCUCAGCAAGAAGAAGUCAAUGAACCGGAUAUACCACCUGGACGUGCAGCCAGGAGAGGUCUACCUCGCCCGAAUGAAGAGUCAUCCGCCAUGGCCGUCCAUCGUCUGUGACGAGGAGAUGCUUCCUCCGAGCCUACUCAGCACGCGUCCAGUCACUACUAAGCGAGCAGACGGCACAUACGCCGAAGCUUACAGUGACGGAGGAAAGAAAGUGAAUGAGAGGACAUUCCCGGUCAUGUUCAUGGCCACUAACGAAUUUGCCUGGAUUCAUAACGCCGACCUCACCCCCAUAACUCCACAAGAGUGCAAAGACGUUUCAGAAAAGGGCAAAUCUAAGAAUCUGAUCGCUGCCUACCAGGUAGCCGCCGAGGGCCACGAUCUCGACUAUUUCAAGGAAAUGUUGAACGAUUUCGAGCUUGCUGUUCAGCAAGCCCAAGAGGAACAGGAAGCCAAGGCUGCCGCAAAGGCUGCAAAGGAAGAGAAGAAGAAGAAACGAAAGAGCAUGGAAGUCGUCGAAGGGGCGGAAGAUGAAGAGAUGGAGGAUGCAGGAGAGAAGAAAAAGAGCUCAAAGAAGCGCAAGAAGGACUUGGAAAGUGAAGGGGAACAGGAGAAGCCCGUGAAGACGCCCAAGUCCGCCAUGAAACUAAAGUUGACUACGCCCAAGGCUUCCGCUGCUGGCGAGAAAGGUGAGAAAGGUGUGAAAAAGGCCGCCACUGCCGGAAAGUCGUCCAAGGGGAAGUCCAAGAAGAAGACAGAGGCCAGUGACGAGGAGGUAGAAACCCCCAAGGAAGCCGAGAAGCCAGUCGACCCGCAAGAGGCCAAGGCAAAGCGUGAGAAAGAGAUUUUAUAUCUUCGAUACAAAUUACAGAAGGGCUUCCUUACGCGUGACCAGGCACCAGAGGAGUCCGAGAUGGAGUUGAUGUCCACAUAUAUCAACAAGCUGGAAGCCUACACUGACCUCGAAGUGAGCAUCAUUCGAUCUACCAAGAUCAACAAGGUGCUCAAGGCCAUCAUCAAGCUGCCCACCAUCCCCAAGGAAGAAGAAUACAACUUCCGAGGACGAUCCGUUCAGAUUCUAUCCAAGUGGAAGCAGCUCCUAGAAUCAGAUAUACCCUCGGCAGGCGAGGGAUCUACUCCCGCAGACAAGCCGACAUCCAACGGUGUGCACAAGAAGGGCAGGGGUGGAAAGAAGGUCGAAGUAAAGAAAGAAGAGGAAAAGAAGACCGAAGAGGCCGAUGAAGAUACCGCUGAACCAUCCAAGGACGGCGACAUCUCCAUGGCUGAUGCAGAUGAUGAGAAGCCCGAGGCCGAAAAGGAGGAAAAAACGGCCAAGGAAGAGGAGAAAGAGGACGAGAACGAGGAGGAAAAGGAAAAAGAAGAGGAGGCUGGAACUCCUGUAAAGGAUGCUGAUGCCAUGGAGACAUGA